UUUGCGCGCAGCGUGUGCACUACCGUGACCGUUCACCAACAUUCCGAUGAAAGUGUGCACAUGUGAGGUCACAAACCGCGACGGUGAUAACCAAAACAUCUCUGCACCGGUUCCUACAGUGACAAAACAGUGCCCCUUCUUGCCACCGGUGCGAAUCUAAACUGAACGCAAUUCUUCAAAGGAUAAUUAACCUGUGCGUGACAUCUCUUGACCCUAAGCAAGUGUCUAACCUUUGGAUUGCCCUUGUGGAUCAAUUAAAGUGUAACUGUUUAGCAAUCUGCAACCCCGUGAGUGUCAGUGCUCGCUUCAAGUGAGAAAAAUUAGUUUGUUUUCAUAGAAGUUUUUAAAAGAGCCCGUCUGUAAACGGCCAUAUUGCAUACCACACGGACAGAGACGGCGUACUCCUGUUAUGCGAGAGAGAGUGAGCCGAGUGCGUUCUCCAGAGGCUGAACGACUUGCUACGCGGGGAGUGGAACUGAGGAAUGCUAGAGUUCUUCAUCUAACACACGUGUAUUAACGAAAUGUUAUAAUUCAUCUAUAAAUUUAUGUUAACUGUCGAAUGAUGCGUCGGUAGUAAAACUAAAAAAUGUGGGGAAUGUUGUGUUGGUUGUUGAUUUUCGGUGCAAUUUCGCUCGUCGCAGCGCGUACUCCUGGUCCGGGACCAGGAAGGACUUCCUCCAAUGAACCCUUUUUUGGUUAUUCGACGCAAAUGCAAUCGCGAGCGGUGGAUACACGAGUUACUUUGGAAAUUUUAGAAGAACAACCUAAAGGAACAGUGGUCGGUAAAAUACCAACAAAACCUGGAUUUACGUAUCGCUUCAAUGAACCACCCAAAGAAUUUAUUCUGGACCCUAAAACAGGUGAAAUCAAAACAAAUGUUAUUUUGGACAGGGAAAGUAUGAAAAAUGACAGAACCGAUUUGGUAAUACUAUCUAGUCAGCCAACCUAUCCUAUCGAAGUUAGAAUUGUUGUUGUCGAUAUAAACGACAAUUCUCCUGUAUUUCCUGAACCUAGCAUAGCAGUUUCGUUUUCUGAGAGUGCAGCUGCUGGAACACGUCUUCUAUUAGAUUCUGCUACCGAUAAAGAUUCCGGGAUCAAUGGUAUUAGCGAUAAUUAUGCCAUAAUUGCUGGAAAUAAGGAUGAAAAGUUCAGGUUAGUUGUUACACCCAAUCCUACAGGAGAAACAUCGUAUUUACAUCUUGAAACAACAGGUAAAUUAGAUAGAGAAACUCAAGGAAACUAUGUACUAAAUAUAUCAGCUAAAGACAGUGGAAAACCUUCGAAAUACGGGUAUUUGCAAGUAAAUGUUACGAUAUUAGAUGUAAAUGACAAUCCUCCAAUAUUUGACCACAGCGAUUACAUUGUUUCCUUGAAUGAAAGUGUUCCACCAGGUAGUUCUGUUUUACAAGUGAUGGCAACUGAUAAUGAUUUAGGGGAUAACGCCAAAAUAACUUAUUAUCUUGCCGAUACCGAACAUCAAUUCACUGUAGAUCCAGAGACAGGAAUAAUUUCGACGACGGAACUGUUGGAAUGUUCACAACAAAAUUGUAUUCAUCCGUCAAAACCAGGUGGAAAUUGUCCCAAAAGUUGUGUGUUUACGGUUUUCGCUCGAGAUCACGGGGUACCUAGACAAGACGGAAGGACUUACGUAACCGUCAAUUUAGUGGAUGCUAAUGAUCAUGAUCCAGUGAUUAAAUUUAUCUAUUUUCCGUCAACAGCUGGUUUCGCGACAGUCGACGAGAAUGCGGGUAAUGGUUCAGUGGUAGCCGCAGUGUCAGUGGGUGAUCAAGACGAAGGAUUAAAUGGUGAAACUACCGUCAGGAUAAUAUCAGGUAACGAACUUAAUCAUUUUAGAUUAGAUUACACCCCUAGUUUCGAUAUAGUCAGAGUCAACGGUGUUCUCGACCGCGAAGAAAUAUCAAAGUAUAACUUGACGGUCGUGGCAACAGAUAAAGGCACUCCUCCACGCACAGCAACAGCAUUUUUAAUAAUCCAUGUAAACGAUGUAAACGAUCAUGAACCUGUAUUCGAGAAAAGUGAAUAUUCUGCCAUUCUCAGCGAGCUGGCGCCCCCGGGCACUUACGUUGCAGGAAUCACAGCCACGGACGAAGACACCGGAGUCAACGCUCAAAUAUAUUACGCUUUUGUAUCUGGUAAUGAAAAUCAGUGGUUUUCUAUUAACGCUGACUCGGGGCUCAUAACAACACGUGCACCUCUAGACAGGGAAGUUCAAGGCACGGUAGAAUUAAACAUAUCAGCGAGAGAUGGGGGCCCCAAUCCGAAGUGGGCUCACACGCAAUUGAAAGUUACAAUUUUGGACGAAAACGACGAAGCUCCCGAAUUUUCACAGUCUCGCAUAAAUGUUAGCUUAUCCGAAAGUGCCCCGCCCGGUACACUGGUUGCCAUGUUAACUGCCUCAGAUCACGAUCAAGGGACAAACGGCAGCGUAGCGUAUACCUUGCAUCCAGCCGUUCGUCAGCGAUAUGAAGACACUUUCGCUCUUGAUUCUCUGACCGGCCAACUCGUCACGAAAAAGAAACUUGACCGAGAAAAAAUCGCGAUUUACGAAAUCAACGUUAUAGCCAGAGACCAAGGAAUACCCUCACAAUCGUCGACUGCUGCUGUUUAUUUAACUGUUUUGGAUGUAAAUGAUAACAACCCUGAAUUUUAUCCUCAAAAGUAUUUUGUAUCUGUAUCUGAAGACACGAAAAUAGGCACUUCUUUAUUAAAAGUAACAGCUACCGAUAAAGACGAAGGUGAGAAUGCUAUGAUAACUUUCAAACUAGAAAACGGCGGAGAUUCUUUGUUUACUGUAGACGAAUGGACAGGUGUCAUUUCAUUGCAAGGAAAUCUGAAAAAUGCUCAAAAACCUAUGUAUCGUUUAAAAAUUUCAGCCGUCGAUCAGGGUGACAAAAAAGCCAUUGAAGAUGCUACUGUUGAAAUUAUUAAAGAAGCUUACAUGGAAGAAUUACAUUUUGACAAUUAUGCAGGCUAUGAUUUCCAAAUUGUUGAAGAUCCAAAUGAUUUGCAAAUUUUUAGAAAAAGAGAUGUUGGAUCUGUACAUGUAAGAAAUACUGAUGCUUUUUAUUCGAUAUUUUAUGGCGAUCCAAAUCAUAAUUUUGAAAUUAACGAAAAUACUGGCAAAAUUAGCACAGCAAAGAAAAUAGACCGCGAGCAACAGAUGUCUUACAGCUUAUCAAUCGUAGCUCGUGUAGGAUUAUCAUAUGGCCGAACCACCGUGAAUAUUGUUGUGCAAGAUUUAAAUGACAACAAACCAGUAUUUUUACGCGAUAAAGAAGAAAUCAAACUUCCUGAAAACGCCGCUGUCGGCCAAGAAGUCUAUUUGGCGCGAGCAAGAGAUUUUGAUGCUGGUAUUAACAGCAGAGUAACGUACAGCCUCAGCUAUAACCCACAUGACCAAUUUCGAAUAUCAGAAGCAACGGGAGUUAUUUAUUUGAAAAGACCUGUACGUGCUGACCCGGGCACCGUACUCAACGUGGAAGUGACCGCUACAGAUGGAGGCGAACAGCCACUAUCAUCUAAACAUUCUGUAAUGAUCAUUAUCGAAGAUGUGAACGACCACACCCCCGUUUUCGAUCAUACUUCGUAUGAAACAUCAUUGUUAGAAUCGACACCGGUCAACGAGAGGUUCUUUGCAUUAGCGGCCAGUGAUGCCGAUUUGGGGGCCAACGGGAGAAUAUCCUACUCGAUUUCAGAAGGUAAUAAUGAAGGUAAAUUUGGUGUGUUUCCUGAUGGAUAUUUGUACGUUAAAAAGGCCUUGGAUCGAGAAGAUAAAGAUUAUUAUUCUCUAACUGUGACUGCGAGCGAUGCAGGAAACCCAUCAAGAUCCUCGAUUGUGCCUGUAGUAAUUCACGUUAUAGACGAAAAUGAUAACAGUCCUGAAUUUACAAAUAACACGUUUACCUUCAAUAUAAGAGAAAAUGAACCUCCCGACUCGUUUGUGGGAAAAUUAGCGGCGACAGAUAAAGACAUAGGAAGAAAUGCUGAACUUAUUUUUUCUUUAUCGAAUUCUCAAAAUGAUUUUGCUAUCGAUCCUAAAAAUGGUUUCAUAAGAACUUUACACGUAUUCGAUAGAGAAGAACUGGUUUUAAAUACAGGACAAAAUGUAAUAACAUUGGAGGCUUCUGUUGCUGAUAACGGGGUUGUUAGACUUCGAGAUAAAGUAAAAGUUCACGUGCAUGUAAUAGAUGUUAAUGAUAACCCUCCAAAAUUUUUAAGAACUCCAUAUAAAGUGCAGAUAUCUGAAGGUUCCAUGAUUGGUGCUCAAGUAAUGAGGUUGUAUACGACUGAUGCCGAUGAAGGGUUAAAUGGAGAUGUGUUUUACAAAAUUGUGGGUGGUAAUGACGAUGGACGGUUCGAGAUUGAUGACGCUACAGGACAAAUAACUUUACUUCGUUCUUUAGAUAGAGAAUCAACUUCAAAAUACAUGUUAACAGUGGUGGCUCAUGAUGCUGGACUUACAAAACAACUAACUUCGUCGACAACUGUCUCUAUCGAUAUUUUAGACGAAAAUGAUAACGCUCCGGAGUUUACUCAGAGUGAAUCGAGGAUAUCAGUUAGCGAGACGACCCCCGUCAAUACUGAACUCAUACAAUUUAAAGCUACUGAUGCAGAUCUGGGCGUAAACAGCGAAAUUGUGUAUUCGAUAAGUGCAGGAAACAGAAAAGACACCUUUCACAUCGACUCGAUGACAGGAGUGCUUCAUUUACAUAAACCGUUAGACUUCGAAGAGUUGGCUGCCUAUCAGCUGAACAUUACAGCAUCUGAUAAUGGCAACCCGAGAUUAUCUACCACUAUUUUGUUCGCCAUUGCCGUCGAAGAUGCUAACGAUAACCCACCAUCUUUUCCGAGCACAGCCAUAGUUCGUCAGAUUCGUGAAGGAAUUCCUAUUCACACCCCCAUAGUUACUGUAACCGCCGACGACCCAGACUCUGGACUUAACGGGAAGGUUUCAUACGCAAUUUCUUAUCAAGAUCCUGACGACAACAAAAGACAUUUCGGUAUUAAUCCGAUUACAGGGGUGAUUCACACGUUACUGCCGAUUGAUCGUGAAACAAUAGACACUUUUCGUUUGACUGUCGUGGCCACUGAUCAAGCUGUUCCAGUUUCUUCGCGACUUUCCGCCGAUAAAUUAGUGACUGUCAUUGUUGAAGAUGUCAACGACAACGCACCAAUAUUUGUUUCGAUGAAUGCAGCGAUUUUACCGAAAGUUGACCGAAAUUUCCGAGGGGAAGUGACAAUUACCAACGUUUUUGCGCGCGAUUUGGAUUCUUCGACGAACGGUUUAGUGACUUAUGAACUAGCAAGUGGCAACAGUGAUUUAUUCAAAUUAGAUCAAAGCACCGGUGCGCUAAGACUUCGACGUCCAAUUUACGAUCCUGAUCCGACUUAUCGUCUAUCUGUCAAAGCUACUGAUGAAGCGGUGCAAAGCGAAAGAAAAUCGACGGAAGCCUACUUGACAAUCAUAGCGACGAACGACGCGGAAAAUGGACCAAAAUUCGAGAGUGGUUUGUUUACUGGGAGUGUCUACGAAAACGAACCGACGGGCACGAGUAUUUUAACCGUUUCGGCUAAACAUCAUACCGGCGAAGUUGAGUAUUACGUGACAAAUGUGACAGGUGGCGGUGUGCAAGUGGACAGGCUCUUUGAUAUCGACACCAAAUUGGGAGUGUUGUCAACAGCUACUGAAUUGGAUAGAGAGUUUGGAGUCGACACCUACGAAAUUCAGGUGUAUGCCAUCAUCAAUGGUGCUGAUCAACUAAGAACUUCUAAAACAAAGGUAAGAAUUUUCAAAUGUUCGUGUAGACAGACUUGGGAAUCUGUGAAAAUAACCCACAAAAGAAAAUUCGGCCCUCCAAGGAUGAGAGUUAAAUUGCAAGGCCAGCGCCAAACAGGUUGGUUUGCCGCCUCAACUCUAUCCACAUGGAUGGGUGCUUGUAACCCGUACAUUCAUAAAAAGGCUUUAAACGAGACAGCAGAAGAAAUUUUAGGAAAACAAGAUCCAAGAAAAAACCAACCUUGUUGGUGGGAUAAGGAAAUCGAAGAGAAGACCAAGAAAAAGAAGUAA